AUGAACUUCUUCAGUGAACACUUUGACAUGAAAUUCAUAUUGGAGGAAUUACAAAAGCAGUAUAACGAAAGAAAACAUUUGUUAUGUGAUGUUAAUUAUAACAUUCUAAUGACACAGAGGAAGAAAGAAGGAGGAUUAAGUACUUACGAAGAAAAUUUGCUUGAUAAACAAAAAAAAAUUAUAAUGCACAUGAAAAAUAAUUACCAAAAGUUGAAUAAUAUUAAUUAUAUAAAAUACUAUUUACCUUACUGUGUUCAACCCAAAACUAAUAACACUGACAUAUGUGUAUUAAAAAAUGGAUACCAAAAAAAUGUGAAGAAAAAAAAUAUUUUACGGGAACUGAAUUUGAGAAAGAGACUCGUUGAGGAGAAAAUCGAUAACUUUGUUAAAAAAUACACAGGAAAAAUCAAAAGGGGAAACAUAAUGCACAAAAAAAUGUCGCAACUGUAUGAAGAAAAAUCCAGAAUUGAGAUUUUUAUAAAAAGCAAAAGAGACAACAAAAUAAAAUUUGACCAUGUCAUUGGGGACAUUGCCUUUUUCGAUUGUCACACAAACGUGUUACUUGAAAACGCGAUACUUGUUAAAAAUUCAGUCGAGCGAAGAGUCCCGUGGAUAUUCAUCCAGUCAGGCAAUGUUUUAUUUUUUCGGGAAAAAAGCUAG